AUGGCGGCGGCAAAGCGCAGCGUCCUCUCUUCGUUGGCCGUUUACGCUGAGGAUUCGGACCCGGAGUCGGACAGCGAGGCUGGGACGGCGGGAAGCGAUGGGGGAACGACUACGGGAGAGAAAGGAGGACUGGUCUCCGUUGGGUACGGAGAGGACGACUUCACCCGCGUGGAUGGGGACGAAGACGGGUAUGAAGAGGAGGAUGAUGAGAACAGCAGGCAGUCAGAAGAUGACGAUUCAGAGACUGAAAAACCUGAGGCUGGUGACCUAAAGGAAUUCUCAGAAUUGGAGAAAAGAGAUCCUCAGGAGCUGGUUGCUUCUUUUUCAGAGAGAGUUCGAAACAUGUCUCCAGAUGAGAUCAAAAUCCCUCCUGAGCCUCCUGGUAGAUGUUCUAACCACUUGCAGGAUAAAAUUCAAAAGCUGUACGAGAGGAAGAUUAAAGAGGGCAUGGAUAUGAACUACAUCAUUCAGAGGAAAAAGGAGUUCCGCAACCCCAGCAUUUAUGAAAAGCUGAUCCAGUUUUGUUCAAUUGAUGAACUUGGCACAAAUUAUCCAAAGGACAUGUUUGAUCCUCAUGGCUGGUCAGAGGAUUCAUAUUAUGAGGCACUAGCCAAAGCCCAGAAGAUUGAAAUGGACAAGUUGGAGAAGGCCAAGAAGGAGCGCACAAAGAUUGAAUUUGUGACUGGCACUAAAAAGGGCACAACAACAAGUGCCUCUUCUACAACCACCACCACAUCCAGUACCACAGUGGGAGAUGCCCAGAAGAGGAAGAGCAAGUGGGACUCUGCCAUCCCCGUAACGACGAUAGCUCAACCCACCAUCCUCACCACUACUGCCACGCUGCCAGGCGUUGUCACAGUGACCACCAGUGCAAGUGGAUCCAAAACCACUGUCAUAUCAGCUGUUGGCACCAUUGUUAAGAAGGCAAAGCAGUGACUGCUGUGCUGGGCCUGGAGUUUUGGACUUGCUGGUGAUGGAAGCCAUUGUUCUCAGAAGGGAGGGGUAGCUUUCACCUUUGGUAAAAGAUGACGUGACGCUUUGAAACAGAUCACAGUUCCCUUUUGGGAAGAGUGGGCCAGGAGCAGGCAUGCCAGCUGUGUGCCCACAGCAAUGGACCUCUGCUGAAAAGGCCUCUGCUUUUUGCUGUGGGAAGAACCCACUCUUGUGUGUGUGGUGCUGGAGGGAGGUGUGGGAUCUGGAGUCGGCUUCUCAAAGUUAGCUUCUUAAAUUACUGCAGUAGGGUCUUACUGUACCUGCAAGCCUGGUUUGGGGAGGGAGUGAAAAGGCAAGCAGGGCAGGAAUAUCAGUAUUAGCCUUGUGCAUUGCAGGGCUGCUAGCAGCUGUGAUAUGUGCCUCCCUCACUUGCUAACUCAGUUUUGAGGGAAUUAAAGCAGAGACAGUUGGUCAGUGUCCACCUUCAGAUACGUAGCAGAGACUUGAAGCAAUCUACAUCUGUAAGUGUAGACUCUGUGUUACAGUGCUGACAUCUGUACCCCUGUGUGUAUCUGAGUAGCUCUUAGUGACCACGUGUUAACCAGCUGGCCUCUUGAGGGAACUGCUGAAACAGGCUUGGCAGCAUCUUGCAGGGAUGGAGAUUUCUGUGCAGAACCCACCAGCUGCAGAGGUUUGAUUUGUGAACUCAUUUGCA